AUGAUCGUGCUGGGCUGGCUCGCAGGGCCAUCUAAUCGACUUAAACCGUUCGUUCGCAACCGUGUGAAUGAAAUUCAAGAGAGUACACGCGAACAAACAUGGAGCUAUGUACCCUCAAAGCUGAACCCGGCAGAUCUAGUGUCACGAGGAAUGAAGGCUGAUGACCUCAGCAUGUCCACAUUAUGGUGGACCGGUCCAGACUUUUUGCAUCAUUCCAUCAUUCAAUUUCCUACAAUGCUUAAUACAAACGCAGAUAACCUACCAGAAGUGUCAUUUCAUACAAACAUACAAACAAACAUAAACGAAAAUAACAAUCUUAUAACUAAACUUAUCACUAACAAUUCAAAACUUACAAAACUAAUACGAAUCGUAGCAUAUAUUUACAGAUUUAUACAUAAUUGUAAAAAUAAAAAUAAUAAAAUUACAUCAAAUUUAACAUAUACAGAAAUAAAAUCAAGUAAAACUAAACUUCUACAACUCGCACAGCAGGAAUCAUUUCCUGAAGAGUACAAACUCUUAUCUUUGGGCAAGCACUUGCAGCCGAAAAGUAGGCUACUUUCGUUAACGCCCUUCUUAGACGAUCAGAAAUUAAUACGUGUCGGUGGUCGUCUUAAUAAUGCUUACUAUAGUUACGACAUUAAGCACCCAAUCUUAUUGUGCAGCAGGCAUCACCUUACCAAACUGCUCUUUGAUAUGCAACAUAUGGCAUUAUUGCACGCCCCGCCUCAGCUCUUGCUAGCAAGCAUUCGGCAAACAUAUCAUCCGCUCGGUGGAAGAAACCUGGCGCGCCACUUAUUUCAUAAAUGCGUUCGCUGCAUCAGGUUCAAGGCUAGGCCUCUUCAAAUGUCUAUGGGCAACUUACCUACCGAUAGAACACAAUUAGAAUAUCCCUUUUUACACACGGGAAUGGAUUUUGCCGGACCAGUGCUGAUAGCUGACCGAAAGGGUAGGGGUAGCAAAACAAUUAAAUCAUAUAUUUUAGUUUUUGUCUGUCUUUCAGUCAAGGCCCUUCACGUGGAACUUGUCACAAGUCUAACGACAGAGUCGUUCCUUGCUGCUCUCCGCCGCUUCAUGAGUCGUCGGGGAAAGCCUCAAACUCUGUACUGCGACAAUGGGACUUCGUUUGUCGGGGCAUCAAACGAGCUCAGUAAUUUCUUAAAAAAUAACCAUGAUAAGCUGCAGUCAGGUAUGGCAGAAAAUCUUAUUAACUUUAAAUUUAGCCCGGCUUACUCACCACACUUCGGCAGACUUUGGGAAGCCGCAGUAAAAUCAACCAAAUAUCACCUCAAACGCAUUCUAUCUCUUACACACUUAACGUAUGAAGAAUUAAAUUGUUGCCUGAUUCAGAUAGAAGCUAUUUUAAAUUCUAGGCCCCUAACCCCCUUAUCUUCUGAUCCAUCUGAUCUGACCUACCUAUCGCCCUCUCAUUUCCUUAUUGGACGUUCUCUUCUGUCAGUCCCACAAGAACCUCUGACUGAAGAAAACAUCUCGCGGCUUGAACGGUUCCAGAGAGUUGAAAAACUCAAGCAGCAUUUUUCGAGCCGCUUUUCUAAUGAGUAUGUUACUCUCCUCCAGCAGAAGACCAAGUGGCACACCUCAACGGACCAGCUGCAAGUUGGGACUAUGGUCUUAGUCAAGGACCGCGCACUUCCUCCUCUCCUGUGGCUGCUGGGACGCGUCACGAAGCUGUACCCGGGCACGGACAACGUCACCAGAGUCGCCGACAUACGCACGAAGAAAGGAUUCAUCCGUAGGGCGUAUAACAACUUGUGCCCCCUCCCUAUUACUUAAUUUAAUUUCAUAACUUCCAUUUUUUUAUU